GGAGAAAAUUAUCAACGAGCAUUAACGUUGUUGAAUGAAGCGGUGGAUAUCCUGACGUCACCACGCACGUCGACAGAUCAUCUGCAGCAGCUUCCAGCGCAUCGAUCUGUAGGUUCAGUUCAAGUUCCUGCCACUCAGUGAAAGGGGACAGGGGCACCCAACGAGAAUUUUCGGAAGAAUAUCUGUUCGGAAGACGAUUUGAGAUCUAGAAUUUUCGAAACAUUUGUUGUAAAAUUUCUAGCUUGCCUGCCUCUUCUAGGAUUUUCGAACAUCUAAAAAUGGUAUAAUUGCCUAUUUUUAACGGAUUUUUACCCUAAUAAGGUCACCUAGAAUUUUCGGGAGCCUUUUUUCUGGCUGAAAUUUUCGAAAAGGUAAGUUUUGAUCCCCAUAAUUUUCGGAUCACUAGACUUUUAGCUAGGAAAUCCGAACAGAUGAAACAUUUUUAGGGGAUAAAAAUAUGCCUAUAUCUACCGUUUAAAUACUAAAAUACUUUGAAUAAUGCUAUGUUUAAGUGGUUUUGAACUAUAUUCUCGUUGGGUGCCCCUGAGGGGAGAAUUACGAGAAAUGGCGCGUCUUUUUCCGUUUUACAGUCGGGGCGCAUCUGCCGGUAAAGUUAGUUCCCGUCAACCCUUCAAGCGAUUUCGACCAAGUGCUUCCUCAAGUGGGCCCCAAAAAAGUUUUAAACCAAAGGAAACCUGGACUUACACGUUCAUCUGCCUGUGUGAAUCAGGCCAUUGA